UUCACUUAAUGAGUACCUUUUUGUGUAGGUAUGGACACUACAAAAAUGAAAACCACACUUCUCUUAUUGUUAAUGUAUUUAAAAGAGGAGGAUGAAUUCAGUGAUAUGAUCUCUUGUGUAGCGGGUUACAUGAGUUGGGUUUGUGUGUAUCAUAUACCUAGAGAGCGAUGUAUGACUUCAUAUUUAACAGUCGCACACACAACAACACACACAGACUAUAAAUCUCCCAUCUUUUCUUUCAACACGGCGCAAUCGAAACCGGCGUGUUUUUGCUCUCCUCGGCUCUAUCGGUCUCGCUGCUUUCUGCGAUUGGACUCUGCAUCACACAUACGAGCACACACUUCCUUGAAAUCCUCCAACUGUCUCAAUUCCUGGGGAUUUUCCCCUUUCCUUUUCUCCUCCCUUGGGAAAAAAGCGUUGCAGUUGAAUCGUUCGUAAUUCGCGGAAACGGGAAUCGAACGGCCAGGUUUGCCUGUGCGAAGGUCUGGGUUCGAUUCGGAUUGCAAUCUUUUUCGAAUAGAUUGGCUGUACGAUUGGUGGCUCUUGGAGGUCGGGUUGUAUCGCGGGUGUUGUUUGCUAUCCGGUCAAGAAGGGGAUGUGCGAGUGAGUGAAGAGUUUGUUUGACAUUGCUGAAGCAAUCAUCGUUUAUUGAACUUGGCAUAGAUAAGGAUUGUGUCCAUAGUAGUAGUAUUGGUACUUGGAUUAGUCUUUGCCACCAAUGGUCAAUCAAGUGUUGGGAAUUUGGAGUUAUCUUCUUCAAGUUUGAUAGUGGCUAGCAUCUGUUCUCCAAAUCACUAGUUGGUGAUUUUGUCCAUCCGUUCAAUGUCUUUUGUGCGGCCGUGAUCACCUCCUGGGGUUGGUCAUGGAAAAGGGUGAGCCUAAAUUAGCACCAGAGUGGUUGAAAAGCGUCGGGAAUAAACCAUCCAGUGCUUCUACUUCUCCAUUGCAAUCAGGUUUUAUUGAAGGAUCAAAGUUCACCAAAAGUAAGACCUCAUCAAAAAAUGGUACCGAGAACAGUUUAGGGAGACCAAUUGGCAAUAAUCAUGCUACCACAUCCCAUUCCUACCGGACCUCAAAUAGAAGCAGUUCUGAUCACCCUCAGUCUUAUAGCAAUUUUGGAAGAAACCGUCGUUCUAGGGACAGGUAUAUAGAUAAGUUUGACAACUCUGACAAGCCAAAGAAAAAUUUAGAGAAUAGAGCUCAGAAGGAUGCCUUUAUUAGGCCUUCUCAGGCAAUAACUUCCCAAAGUCACAAUGAGAAGUGGUUUAAGAAUUCAUGCAGUGGUGAAAAUAACAACAAAAGCUAUUCUGAUGGCCUUCUUCCUGAUAAAUAUGAACCUGAAAGAGGUUUUGUGUCUCAUGGUUCCGGAAUUGGAAGAGCUUGCUCUCCCGGAGUGAGUAAUGUUAAGAAUGGUGAUAAAUGGACAUCACUUUUAGCAGAAAUUCCUUCAAAAGCUGUUAGUGAUGUGCCCAAUGGUGGGUCAGUCUCCUCAUCUGUUCAAGUUGCUACACAUUUUACCCUUUCAUCAACAAUGAGCACACCAAAUGGUGCUGGUCUUAAUAUGGCUGAAGCAGUGGCAAAAAGUCCACGUGUUCAGACUACUCAGGUGUCAAAUGGAAACCAGAGGUUUGAAGACCUAGCUAUUAAGCAGUCUAGGAUAUUAAUUCCUGUUACUCCUUCUGCACCUAAAGCCAUAGCACCAUCAGAUAGGAUCAAGUCCAAGGUUCCAGAGCUCCGUCAGCAGAAUCAUCCACCGUCAUCAUCUCAUCUCUCUGUGCGCACUGAAGGCUUGGUUAUCUCCGAUUCUUUAAAGACGUCUAGAAAGCUUCUUGUCCUCAAGCCAACUCGAGAGAGGAAUGGAGUUUCUUCUCUUUUGAAUAAUGUUUCAGAUCCAAUCCAAGAUAUGAAGAAUGCAACAACAAUGCAGAGAUCAUCCUCUAACCCAGUGUCGCCCACUGCUGCUGAGAGUAAGUUUGAGAAGAAACUGUCAUCUCAAGCUCGGAGCCGAAACGAUUUCUUUAAUCUUAUGAGGAAGAAAUCCAUGGGGGACUCUUGUGCAUCGUCUGACACAGUUGUUGCACCAGACACCUCAACUGCACAAUAUGUGACUCAGGGUCAAGAUGGUGAAUCUGACAAAAAUGAUGCCGUUGAUGACAAUAAAGAGCUCAUCAGCAAUGGCAAGACUCAUCCCAGUCCAGAUGCACUUUUGUGUUCAGAAGAGGAAGAGGCUGCUUUUUUACGCUCAUUGGGGUGGGAGGAAAAUGCUGAUGAGGGAGGCCUCACUGAAGAGGAGAUCAGCACAUUCUACAGAGAUGUAACAAAGUACUUGAACUCAAAACUGCCCUUGAAAAUUUUACAAGGAGUACAGCCAAGGCUUCUGCUCACGCUCAAUUCUUGACUGUGGAUUUUCAACCCCGACAUUACAGGAAUUUUGGAGUGUUCACGCUUUCUCAGCUAUUUUUGCUGCCUCAUGACAUUAGGCUCUGGACCAGAGGAAACGAUAGGAACCUUAGUAGAAUAUAGGAAGCAUGGUAAGAAUGAAUGAUAGGGAGGACAUAUGGUUUUGCAAGAAAUAAGCUCUCUCAAU